UCCCGGAUUGCGCUGAUGCUACUGAUAACAUAUAAAACCGCUACGACUAUCGCCCGCGUUUGGCAUUCAUUCAUGAAUCUUCAACCAGAAGCAAACGCUGUGUAAAUUUCUGUGAAUUGACCGCGUCUACAUUUUAUCGACAGUAUCAAAUCACCUCGCCGCUGCUGGAGUUUUACAAUCGUAAUAAAAAUCCGAUCAAUCAAGAUGAAAGCAGCAAUUAACACGUUAUCGGCGCUUUUGUUGGUCUUAUUGGUGGCGGCACCUAAUUUUGUUCGUGCGGAACGAGAGGACUCUUUGCGGGUAUUUCCACAGCUGAAACGCUCCCGAAGAAUUCAAUCAGGCUUUGCUAGCUUCCUGGAGGCAGCACAAAGCGAGGUAGUGCUCUCAGAAGAAAGUUUCAUCCUAACAUCUAUUACCGAUGAAUCUACCUUACACAAAGAAUUGGCCGGUGAAGAUGUCCAAGCGAGUGGCCCCCAUUGCGUGCAAUUCGUUAGACAGAGCAGCGACAUUCUGAUGAACCUGGCCGGAAUCGCAUAUACCAACUGCUUCAACGACGCAGACGAUCUGAUCUUCAACGCCCUGUCUCAAGUGCCCAACCUACAGCUGACGCGUGAGCAGUACGAAAAGUUCAACCUGCUGGGUGCUUUCCGUGGGGAAAACAUCUUCGUAGAUCCGUCGACCAUCCGCGAAAAACUUUCCACUCGUUCCGUAUCCCUCGUCAACCUGCCUGUCGUGUCGUCCGAAAGUCUAGAGGCCCUUCGAGUGGCUUUCGAUGGAAUUAAAUCCAGCUUCAAAAGUUGCAUGACCGAUGCCCAGGGGAGAUUGGCGGACAACCUGAAAUUUUCCUCUCAACAAGUGCGAGCAAUUUGUGCGGGAACAGCCUCGAAACAAGUUUGAAAAGUGUUCCAUUUGAGUUGACUUGUUAUGUGAUUUUUUUAUUACUGCAGUACAGCAUAUGAAAUAAAUUAUUCAGAAGCGUUUUUUCAGCAUUGCAAAGUUUCGCCCUUCUCGUACACCGAAUUGUACUGAAGGAAAUGUACCUAACUCCGAAACUUAAAUGUUAUUAGUAGGGUUGAGUGUCAUUAUACCAAUAGACUCAGCUCGAAGCAUUAAGAUCUGUAUGCGUGUGUCGUCUGUAUAUGUAGAAAAUUUGAGAUAUCAUAUCACUUUUCUGAUAAAAAAAUUAAAUUUUGAAAUGCAUCGCUUUGUCACUGUGGGGGUAGUCCGAUAAAAUGGUUGUCAAAAAACAUUACUAUUACUAUUUGUAAAUAAAAAUAAAUACAAAAAAUGAA